AUUGGUCUCACUUGAUCAAUAUCUAUUCGUUAAUCCGCAGUGUUGUAUUCAUCCAGAGGAAAGCCAGGCGCCUCCACGCUUUAGACGGCAGCUGUCGUCGGGCGGGUGUGCCACAAUGCUCUGCUAAAUGUAAAUAUAAUGUUGAACUUCCCACCCGAACCCUGCAAGUUCAUUUCGCACAAACACGAGUCGAAAGUUUGCUCCCGAAUGACCACACAAUGCCGCUUGAACCUGUUCCAUAUGUUCUCGACACAUGCGCACCGUAGAGACGAGAGUCAAACUGGCAGCAAGUUUAGAUUGCCCUCUAUUUUGUUCUUGCUAUUUUGCUUCCGCAGCUUUUCACAAAUUACUCAGCGCUAGACCAGACAGGACGUGUCCGUAAAAGCAUCUCUAAAAUAAGUGAAAAAGUGAAGUGUUUUCCAAUAAAGUUGAAGAAAUAUUUCUCAGAUAACUAUCCAACGAUGUAGAAUCACAUUCCGUGGUUGCGAGACCGUAACAGUGUUUCAUAAUGGAGUGUACUGAAGUUUGAAAAAAAUCGGCUAUUGUCAUUGGAGCAGACUUAGGCAGCUGGAAAAGUGUAACGGUGAUCAAUUGCAUCAUAUCCGUGGCAUAAUACCGCGGAUAACGGGGUAUUUCGGAUUAUGACUUCGUUCCCCACAUUCGACGGUGGUAACCCGGAGGAAAUUUUCUAUUCAACCUAUGAACCAUCGAAAGAAGAAAUACUUGAAUAUGCCGUCAAGAUUGGCAUCGAUCCGGAAAAGGAAACGAAUUUGAUUUAUCUCGCUCGACAAGGAUUACUGCAUCCACUACCGGAGAAUUGGAAACCCUGCUACAGUAAACAGGUCAAGGCGUAUUACUACUACGACCGUCACACCCGCAAGUCCCAGUGGGAGCAUCCGAUUGACGUUCUCUACCGACAAAAGGUAGCUGACGCCCGGAAGGCCUUGUCGUUGGACCGAUCGGAUUCAACAUCCCUAGCGGAUUCGGGCUUUCGCAGCUUGAAAUCGGCUACCAGCAACCACAGCAACGGGGGAAGCAGCGGAAGUGGCGAAAGUGGUGCCGGCAGCGGUGGAAGUGGAUGUGAAGCUCGAUCCCCAUUGGAAGCGAAACUUGAUGACAGGAUUGAACUGGCUAUUAGGCAGCACCCGCUGGUGGGUGAGUGUUAUGGGGGUUCCGUGUCAGGUUCGGCCGAUUCUGAUCGCGAAGCUAGUGUGAAGGAGGUUAACGUUGUGAAGGAAAAGCCCAAAGCGGAUAAAGAAAUCGUCGUGGAUGAAGAAGUUGAAAUCGGGGAAGAAAUUGAUGACGAAAAGGAAAACAACGAUUCUAACAAGGAAAACAACAGCCAGAGACUGACAGCGCAGAUAGUGGAUGAUAACGACACAAUGGCAGUGGGGCCGAAAAUAUCGUUUAAUUUAGGCUCCACCAUGAGAGACCGCACGGAAAACAGUACGAUGCGAAGUUCAUUCCAAGGGUUCACCAUUACUGGAACAGGUUCGCAAUUUUUAAAAACAAACAAGAAGCCUGAGUUUGAAAGUCUGGAAUUUGGGAAAAAAGAUGAAGUGAAAGGUAUUCUCAGAGACUCUAGCUUGACAUUCGUGAGAAACAAGGGAACGCCCAAUGAGGAUUCCUCGGACGAAAGAAAAAGCGUUCGAUUUGACAUAGAUUUGAAUGCUGAGUUGAAAUCUAACAAGUUGGAGGCGGUGAGAGAUGAUUCUCUGAUUAAUUUCGAAGAAAUCGCAGAAGGUUAUGAUAACGAUGCUGAGGAUGAUGAAGAGGAGGAAGCUCUAGAAGGUUCGGAAAAGAAGUCUUCUAGUUCAGUUGAAACUUCUGAAGAGGACUCUGAUGGAAGUGAAAAAGUUAAUAGCAAAGCAGAGGUAGCACAAGAAGGGAUCGGGCGAAGAUUCUCAGUUGAACGUGUGAGCGAUGAUUCUAUUAGGUUUUUGAAAGAUUCUAUUACAGAUGAAAAAGCGAGAUUCAAAGCAAAACUAGAAGAGGAACUAAGAAACUUGAAAGUUUUGGAAGAAGCAAAUAUUCAAAAUGAACUGGCUAAGGAAAGACGCCUGUUGCAGGAGCAAUUGCUGACGGAGAAGGAGAAAAUAAGGGGACAACAUCAGAAAAAUAUUGAGGAGAUCAAAGAAUUUUACCAGACCAAGCUUAGUGAGAUGAAGGCUGACUAUGAGGAAGAGAAUGAGAAGGAGUACAGAGUAUACCGGGAGACACUGCAGGAAGAUUUUGACCGUAGAGUCAAAGAGGUGACAGAUGAGCACAAAUCUACGAUGGCAACUCUCCAGAAAAAUCACAAUGAAAUUGUAGAGGAACUAGAACGAGACUUGAAAACCGAGGAAGAACUGUUGAAAAAAGAACACGCCACUAACCUAACGGAAAUGAAAAUCAAACUAGCUCAUGAAUUGGAAGUCGAGCGGCAACGUAUGCGGGAAACUGGUGAAGAUCGACUCUACGAGAAGAUUCGUUGCGAAAAACGUCUCCUCGAAGAUAAAUACAAGUGUUUGAAGGAAAAAUACACCCGAUUGAAAACUGACGUGAGAAUCUCGUUGGAAAGACGCAAAAAGCGUCGUGAGCAACAGCAGCAAAGCCUUUUGAGUAACAGUUAUGAAACAGAUGAUCGAACUCAUUCGAGACCAACUUCGCACUACCCUUAUGAAGGAAAACCGGGAACUCCUGGCCCGACAUCGGUUAUGAUGAAUUCGGAAAAAUCUUCAAUCAGUACUCCACCCCCGUCAGCCGCUUCCAAACGGUUUCCUGUGAAAAGCUCCUAUCCGAUGGAAAACAAGAACAAGCUGUUGCAUUUCAAUGGUAACUCACACCAACAGGUAGCCUUUUCGGCUCCUUCGGAACCACGCAAACCGUUCAUUCUCAAUAAUAAUCGUCUCCAGAACACGGACGACACUAGUCAGAGUGAAACGACUUACUCCAAGAACUACUUCCAAAUCCGCAAUAUUUUUGCUAAUGUUCGUGAUGAAAAUUAUAGCUCCGACUCUGAGUUCGAUAAGAACCACGAUAAAAACAAUGUUCCUGUCUGCAGACAGAAACGUAAAUUAUUCACUAAAACCAAAUCCGCCUCAACCUCUAAACUAAACUCGUCUAAGCACGAGCGGGAACGACCGUGCACUCCGGUCGAAAAUCUACGAAUUCAGCUGAAAAAACUCGAAGAGUUGGAAGAUCAAAUCCCAGAGUGCAAUAUUGAUACACCUUACCAUCUACGGUAUCCGUUCAGUGAUCUGGAGAAUAACGGAGGAAGUACCGAGCUGGACUUCUUCAAACAUCGCAUCUUACUCGAGCGGGACUCGGUCAUGCGUGCCAAGGAGUCACUGCGCGCGCAGAAAAAUCUGUUCAAAUCCAAACAGCGGGAUAUAUCGAUUAAACACACCGUGAAGAACAAACAUACGAUGGAUCAAAUCUUCAAUGAAGAGAAAGAGCUCACUGAGAUGGAAGUGUCGCUCCAUCGUACCCGUGCACUAUUGGGCGAGAAAGUUAUCCGGUUGCGUCACUUGGAGCGAUCGCUACAAAAACUGUCGGAAAAGGAACGUCCGGCACUGCCAGAGAACAUUGAAAUCAAUAUCAAACCAAAGGAAACCUUGAGCGAUUUAUCGUCCUACUCUAGCUCCGGCUUCAGCAGUACAGAUGUGCCUACGGAACACGGCAAUAUCCGUCAUCCGUUUGUUUUGAAGGAGUCUAACGAUACCUUAAAGUAUCUGGAGCAUUUGCACAAUGAAAUUCAAGAUAUAUGGAAUAUUUUAAAUCCAACACAUCAGGCCAGUGGAUACGAGGAAUUAGAUUACCUAAAUAAUCCAUCGCAACAUUUCUGCGAUAUUGUGAUUUCCCCCAAGCAGGCAGGAACUGCAUCCAGUAUGAUGAAUAUCGCAUCACAUCAGUUGCAGCAGCAGAAACAGCACCAGCAGCAGUACACAGUGACCCUGCUGGAGAAGACGCGCGAUCUGAAGAACUGGUUGCGUCAGGCCAAGUCCGAACAUGAACUACUGAAGAAAAAAUCAUUUGGGUAAGUGGGAGUUUAAUGACUGAGGGUAACAAGGUUUGGUUAAUUAAAAAUAUUGUUUAGAUUUUAUCAAUGCAAUACGGUCAGGUUCUUUUGUGUAUCAGAAAUUUUGUUAUUGCAAGCAAAAUUAUGAACGAGUCAUUUGUACAUUGAUUAUCACUAUUAUGUUUAAUGAAAUCUUGACUGUCAAAGUAAGUAUCAUUGGCCUCGUUAUUUAUGAAAAAGAAAUAUGUUAAAGAUUUUGUAAAUAGCGAAAAAAAAAUCAACUGAAAUGAAAAAAAAAAUGUUCCUUUCCUCCUUCUUGCUUUUUGUUUUUAAUUUUUGUACUUUGAAUCUCUACACGCAUAGUUGAAAAUUCAUGGUACCAUCUUCCUGAGUGAGAAUUUGGUAAUAAUUACUAGCCCGAAAACCCACGUCAUCAUACAAUAAAUUUGAUGUUUGCGCUACUAUUUCACUAGUAAAAUAUUACAGCGAUGUUUCGACUUAUUUUUUUUUUAUAGAGUACGUGAUAGAAGGCUCUUAAUUUUUCAUGAACAUUUUACCCCAGAACAAAACCUGACCGAUUGAGAAUUUAAGUUGUAUUACUAUGAAUUUUAUUAUUUCAACUUCAAUGUGCAAUAUCAUAUUUCAAAUAACAUGUCAUAGAAUUCUUGUGCUAAAUCAUUCUCGAACAAUCAAACUAAACUUUCUUAAAACUAAGUUUGAAAAAAUAAGCAUACGACGCAAUAAGACGAUUUCUUAAACAUUAAUACAAGCAAUUCUCAACUUUCGUGAGAUUAUUUCUGAAACUUGAAGGAAGAACCGUAGUGUCACCUAUCGUCAUGAUUAUGUGGUUCCAAAAAUAAAUAGUGAGAUGCCAAAACCCUCAAACAAACAAAAAAAACGUCAAGCUAUAAACUAGAAAAGUAGUUUGCAGUAGGCCGUGUCAAAAUUUCUGAGCAAUUGAUAAACGUUGUUUCCAACAGAUUUAACCAUUGGUGAACAAGAAGAAAAAUCCAGCCCACUCCUCUCUAGUGUAUGUAUAUGUAUAAUUAAACUAGUGUGAUAUUAAAAUUUAGAUACAUUCAAUGUUAGUAGUUCGAUUACACCCGUUGUGAGAAAACAACUAGAAAAAAUACCUAAAAUGUCAGUGAAUGAAAUGUUACUCGAAGUAAGCCGUCUAAAAGUAGGAAAUAUGAGGUUUAUUUAUCGCAGUUAGGUUCUACAACAGCCAGUAUCCAAACGAAGUAAGAAUGCUUAAACUAGCUCUACUUUUUUCUUGCUUAUGUACAAUUCCAAUAAUUCAUAAUCAAUGGGUACAUUUCAAUUUCAUUCCUAAAAAGAUAUGGUAUGUUUCCGCUGGUAAUUUGUAUAUGAGUUUAAUUUUAGAAAAGACAACCGUUUCCGAUUUGCCUGUCAUUAACUGUGAAUUUCCGUCCUCUCGGUUCAAACCGUUGGUAAAUGGUUACUGUUAUACUAGGAAGUAAUUUGGAACGACAAAGUAUGAGAACUGAACAGUCAAGCUGUAAAUAAGUACAAUCCAGGUCAAAACUAAAAUAAAAGAUGGAAUGAAGUAUCGAAUUUCUUUCCAGAGGUUGAUGAAUAUACUACAAAAUUGAUUACUUUGAUGCUAAGUAAAAUUCACAUACUCAAAAUAUGUUUAUUACAAAAUACUGCAAAUUAGAAUGUCGUAAGAAGCUUACUCAUAAAGCAUUGGUUAAUAUUGGUAGAAAAUCUUAACUAAAUGUUUCGACUUCCGGCGACAUUUUCAAACGAAAUCAUUUCGUAUUUCCGUUACAAAUUUUGCACGAUUUACUAGAACCAAAUAUCUACUCGCCAGGCAACUGGUGUCAGAAGUUCACACCAGGGAAGAAAUAAAAAACGAUGAAAUAAGGACCCUUUUCUGGAACUAAAAACUAUAGCAUCUUACUAUAAUAAACACAAAUAAACAUACAGUAAAAAAAAAGAAAUGUUUUGAAUAUGGAGGAUACUAAACGAUGUUUUAAAGACUUCUCAGUAACUACAAUUGAAAUCCAGUUUCAGAAGAUAAUGUUACAGUAAA